UCAACCCUCCUCACCAGAUUCCUGGCCUCUGUUUAUAGCACAACAGUAAAUUUUGGGUGAUAGUGAAGAUUGACAAUCGAGAUAACAUUGUAGAGGAGACAAGUUGUUACUCAAGAGAAGGAUAAACUCAGUGUAUAAAAGAGAGAGGUUGAUACCCACAACAUACCAGCUGCAAGAUGGUAAAACUUCUAUUUGGAACAGCAGUGGUCUUGUUGGUGUGCCUGGAACUGGGCUCUGCCUACAGACUGGUUUGUUAUUUUCCAAACUGGGCUCAGUACAGACCAGGAGCGGGGAAGUAUUUGCCAGAGAAUGUGGAUCCUCACUUGUGCACACAUCUGAUCUACGCUUUUGCUGGGAUGAAGAACAACCAAAUCACCACCAUUGAAUGGAACGAUGUGACUCUCUACCACUCAAUCAACAGCCUUAAAAACAAAAAUGCAAACCUUAAGACACUCCUGUCUAUUGGAGGCUGGAAUUUUGGAACUCAGAAAUUCUCCGUUAUGGCUUCCACAUCAGAAACUCGCCAAAUUUUCAUCAAGUCUGUGACUGGCUUCUUGCGCCAUUAUGGGUUUGAUGGUUUGGAUAUUGACUGGGAAUAUCCUGUGGGAGCAGACAAAAAGCACUUCACUAUGUUGGCACAGGAGAUGGUGGCAGCCUUUGAAGCUGAGGCAAAAAGCUCUGGAAAACCAAGAAUGUUGCUCUCAGCUGCAGUUUCUGCUGCGCCAGGUUAUGUUAGCUUCAGAUAUGAGGUUCCUCAGCUUGGACAAACCUUGGACUUUUUCAAUGUGAUGACAUAUGAUUUCUUUGGACCCUGGAAUAGUGUCACUGGAGAAAAUAGCCCUCUUUAUCCUCUCCCAAAUAACAGAGGCUAUACCAACCUUUACUUUAACGUGAACUACACAAUGAAUUACUGGAAAGAUCAGGGAGCCCCUGCAGAGAAACUGAACGUUGGAUUCCCUACAUACGGCCAUACCUUCAGACUGAGCUCAUCCAACACUGGGGUUGGAGCCCCAGCAGCAGGUGCUGGAACAGCUGGGCCUUACACCAAACAGGCUGGAUUCUUGGCCUAUUAUGAGAUCUGCACAUUUUUGAAAACUGGCACUUCCGAAUGGAAUGCUCCACAAGUGGUUCCAUAUGGUUAUAAAGGGAGGGAAUGGGUUGGAUACGAUAAUGUGAAAAGCUUCGGAGCCAAGGUUGAGUGGCUGAAAAAGAACAACUUUGGAGGAGCUAUGGUGUGGGAUCUUGCUAUGGAUGAUUUCUCUGGUACUUUCUGCAACCAUGGGCCUUAUCCUCUCAUUAAUACACUGCACACUGGGCUUGGAAUUUCUACAGCCUGUUAGUAAUCUUCGUUGGGCACCAGUGAAGCUGUAACUGGUCUUCAGUUUAAUUAUUGAGGUGACGCUACUUUGUGGAUAAAGACCAUCCAUGUACCACAUCUAAUUUGUCUCAACUGAAGACAUAAAUUGCAGUUUAAACAGCAAAAUAAAAUCAUUGAUUCAUUAAUAAAACA